UAUUUUUCGUGUGGUCAGUUUCCCAGACGUCGUCGUGCGUGUACGCAACUACGCGCGUACGUACGUGUUGUACUGCCGUCUAACACGUAUAGUAUUGUCCGCUGUCGUCUUCGAAAGUUCCUCCGCGGCUCCACCCCUCCUCGGCGACUACCCCUCAAACAGUAAUCGUAAUAAUAAUAAUAAUAUCGACUGUUACUAUUGUAUCGCGGACAGUGUGCGUGUGCGUGUAUGUGUUAUUGGUUGUAUUGCAGUGGUGCGCGUUUAGUAAUUUUUUUUUAAAAUUUUUUUGUAAUUUUAUGUAUAUACGUACAUAGAGGACAAUUUUUUUUUACUCGCGAAACAAUCAGUUCUUGCAGUCCAACUAGUCGCCAUCCUUGACCGUAACACAGAUAAUGGAUUGAACGCAGUGAACUAAUUUUGUGGAACAUUCAAUGACGACAGUUGAGGUCUGUUAGUGUGUACGCGUGCGCGCGCGUAUGUGUGUGUGUCGUUUGUUCGUGUCGCGUGUGUAGAAUCAGUUUGGACGUGAUCCCUACGCUCGGGAGCAACAUUAUACCGUCGCCGAUUGCAGCUGCCAGCGUCGCCACUGCGAUCACUGUCGCCACUGUCGCAACCGCCGUCACCGACGUUUGCCAUGGAAGUGAUGGACUCGGACGCAAACACCGUGUUGCACUCGGUCACCAAGGGCGUGCACGCCGGUCCGCCACCUGUGGUCACCUGGCCUGGCAUGGACAACGUGACGAACGCGUCCAUGUUCGACGAGUCGAAUCUCCCGUAUGACAUGAAAUUCAACGAGGGCCACGUGGUCGCCAUAGUCACUUACAGUAUACUCAUGGUCGUCUCGGCCAUAGGCAACAUCACGGUGCUGACGAUCAUCCUGAAACGCAGGCGCAAGGCUGGCACGAGGAUACACGCGAUGCUCAUGCACCUGGCCAUCGCCGAUUUGUUGGUAACUUUCUUGAUGAUGCCAUUGGAAAUAACGUGGGCAUGGACUGUGCAAUGGGUUCUCGGUGAUCCACUUUGCCGUAUCAUGUCAUUUUUCCGAAUAUUUGGAUUGUAUCUUUCCAGUUUCAUAUUGAUUUGUAUCAGCGUUGAUAGGUACUUGGCUGUUUUGCAGCCAAUGCGUUUAUAUCAGAUGGAUCGCAGGGGAAAGUUAAUGAUUGCAGUGGCUUGGAUUGCAUCAGUUGUCUGUAGCUUACCGCAGACUUACAUAUUUCACGUGGAACGACACCCUAAUGCCACAUGGUACGAACAGUGCGUCACUUAUAACGCUUUUUCGUCCAAAUUGCACGAGCUGGCUUACUUAUAUUUCGGCAUGUUCAUGAUGUACUGGUUGCCUCUAAUCGUUAUACUAUUCUGCUACGCUUCCAUCAUCAUUGAAAUAUAUAGAAGGUCCAGGGAAUCGAUUUGCGGUCAAGGUACAGAUAAUGUACGCCGUCUGGGAUUUUUAGGACGUGCCAAAAGUAGAACAUUAAAGAUGACAAUCAUUAUUGUAAUAGUGUUUGUUGUUUGUUGGACUCCCUACUACAUUAUGGCUAUUUGGUACUGGACAGACCACAAGUCCGCACAGAUGGUCGAUCAGAAGGUACAGCACGCGCUCUUCAUGUUUGCGUGUACCAAUUCGUGUAUGAACCCGAUCGUAUACGGAGCGUUCAAUAUACGUACCAGGAGGACGCUGGUGACCCAGGCCACAAUUUCUAAAACUUCUACUGAAACCAGAUUGUUGGACUUUUGAAGCCCGCCAGAUGGACGGUGAUGAUAUAUAUACAUUUAAACUUUAAUUUUUAAUUUUAACCACAUUUUAAUAAAAUAUCUAGUUGUAAAACAAUUUCGGUCAUAAUUAUUAUUUAUUAAUUAUUUUAAUUGGAAACACAUGUAAUACCAAUAACAUGCGCAAAAAUAAAUGAUUUUUUAAUUAUGUUAUAUCCCAUCUUUACGAUAGGUACCUAUGUAUAAACAAGUGAACUAUUUACAUGUACGAGUUAAUAUAAUAUUAAACUCGAUAUUUGCGAACUUUUUCGGCAAUAGUUACCCAUACACAUAUAUUAUAUAUUAUAAUUAUAUAAUAUAUAAUUAUUAUAUGUAUAGAUAUUUAAAUUUUAUAACUGAUACUAGUCAUCUAGGUAAAUAUUAUAUGUGUACCUUUAACAUAUUUCAUGUAUCACACACAUCUAAAACUUAUCUACCACAGUUGAAAAUUAAUUAAAAAAAUAAAGGAAACUAAAUAUUUCUUCAACAUUUUUGUUUUAUACAAUCGCACUAGCCACAAUGAGAGGGUGAUUUAAUUUUGUAACCACUUUUUAAUACCAUUCGUAAUAAUCGUGAUUUAUUAUUGAAUUCAUUAAAUUAUUAUCAGAACUAAUGAUAGAACGCCUAAGGGCAUAUUGAAAUGUAACGAUCAUAAUUCUGAGAAAUGGCUUUUUAGAUUAAAUAUAGCAAUAAAAUACAAUUUGGAUGGUGAGAGCACGCUGGUAGAAUUGCUUUAAAGACAAUCAAACAAGUAAAAAAAUAACAACACACUUUUUAUUGAAAAAUUCAGCUCAUAGCACAUUAGAUUGAUUUGCUUCAUGCCAUAAUUUUUCAGCUUAUUUUUAAGUACAUUAUAAUAUAAUAAUUUAAAAUCAAAAUUGAUACCUUUUUAGUUGUGGUAAUUUUGUUCUAGAUGUGUAAUAAUAAUAUAUAUUUUUUUAAAUCAGUCAGCACAGUGGUUUUUGGGGAUAUCCUAAUGAUUUAAUGUUAUUAAACUAAGUAGAUAGCACAAUACAACUAUUUCAUUCCAAUUUCUUUCUAUUCAUUUCUAUUAAUUUAUCGCGUUUCCCCUUAUCACCGUAAAUUACUGUGCGCAGUCCUUCCAAUAACAUGUGAAUAAUUUUUGUAAGAGUAUUUUUGUUGCUGUACUGAUCAAUGAUGAUGGCAAAUAGGACAGAAAUAGUUUUGUAGUUUAGCGCUUGCUUCUAUGAUCUAAUGUAAUUUAUUUAAUUUGAUUGCAUUGGCUUGAUAGAUAUUAAUGCAUUUUUUUUUUUAUUAUUAUUAUUAUUAAAUUUUAAAUAGAACAUUGCAUGUUUUUAUUCUUAACUGUACAGAUAAUAUUAAUAAUGUAAGUUAAUUUUUCAAAGCAUAUGAUUUUUAAUAAAAAUAUUAUUUAUUUAUAAUUUGUGUUAACUAAUUAAAUAUAAUGAACAUAAUAGUAUAUUACAUAUAGAUUGAACAUAAUUUGUGUUUAUAUAAGAGUUAAGUUGUAAGUUUUAUAAUUAUUAGUGUUUCUAUUGUGAAUACACAAUACAGAUAAAUUUAUCACUAAUUAUUAGAAUAUGAUUAAUAUUUAUUAAAUUUGCAAUUAUUAUAAUUAAUA